AUGGCAUUUUCCUCUCUUCCACCCGAGCUACGCAGUCUAUGCCGCAGACUGACGGCGACCAAGGUAGAGCAACUUCCAGCUCUGCUACCUUCCCUUCUCAAAGAUUUAUUGCGUUGCCAAGAACCACUUUCAAGACCCCAAGAAGUGAAGACUUCUGAGAACUCCUCGGAAUCAGCUGUGCUCGUACAUAAGUUGAAGACUCAAAUAUCUACGCUUCUAAAUAGCAGAACCACCCAAGGUCGCUUUGUCGGAGUUGCACUGGUAAAAGGUGUGAUAGAGACUGGCGGCUGGGAAUGUCUUCGAACAUCUGAGUUGUGGGUCCGUGGGAUACUUUCUAUCCUUCAGAGAAAAGACCCUGCUGUUGUCAAAGACUUGUGUAUUGUAAUCAUAGUCAAGAUAUACACAUUAAUGCAUGCGUAUCCGACUUUGGUACGAGAGAUCGUUACACCUACCCUUCCUACGUUUGCGACAGCAUGCCUUCAGGGUUUGAAGCCACCUGCGUCUAGCAAAGCUGCCAAGAUACCUAAUAGUCUCGUUGAACACAUCUUCGAAGCUUUUUCUACGAUAAUUCCAUUGUAUCCAACUACUUUGCGCCAGUUUGCAUCUAAAUUUAGGGCCGAGAUACGACCCUAUAUUGCACCGACCAUCUCAGAUGGCACAAUAAUACCUGCAUCUUUACAGGCAAGCAGUCGACGUCUAGCCAUAAAAUUGCAUAUGACAGCUGUAAAAGGUGGAGACUCGUCUGAAUGGGCGAAGCAUCUAGAUGGGCUCAUCAAGACGUUCCAUGCUACAGCUGACCAAGUUUUCCGAGCUGUCCAAGAGAGCUGGGAGUCAACAUCUGGUCAUAUACCGGGUUCUAUGCUUCAACAGAUAGACUUCGACAAGGAACCUCAGGGUGGUAGUACCAAUCCAGACCAAUUACCACCAUGGAUUGGCAUUUAUGCAGGCAGCGAAAGGAUCAUUGCCUUGCUGGAUUUUAUCGGGGAGUAUCUUCGCUGCCGUACAAAAACAGUCGUCACUAUUCCAGUUAGUGCGAUUGUUGAUAUUAUUACAAGAAUAUCUUCAAUUUUACCACCAGGUCAAAGUGGGGAGAAAUCAACGUCAAUUCAAAUGAAUCCGGCUGUCGGCAGAGAAGAGAAGGACGAAUUAUGGACAGUAUUUCCGGAUAUCCAGCUUGCAGCAAUAAAGUUGCUGCAUACUGUAGCCCGACGUCUAGGAAGAAAUUUUAUGCCAGUAGCCCAGGAGUCACUUGAGCAAUUACUUCGGAUGUUUGAAUCAAGCUAUCGUCUACCUGAUAUUCGAACUGCGACAUUCCUCUUGACAAAGGAUAUACUUCAGCUCUGCGGACCAACAAUGGCAAAGCUUACUGUUGAGAGCCUAAGUCUCGUCGCCAAAGCGUGUUGUCGUGACCUCUUGGGAUCCUCAGGCCAUCUUAAGCGUCCUAAGCAAUCGGCUUCCGCUACUCAGGUCGGGCAAAAGAAUAAAUCCAUCAGCCAAAACGUCGACGCGUUUCUCAGCAACAAAGCUGAAGAUGAGUCUAUUUCGACUAGCCUAAGCGGAGACCACAUUUCCGCGGCGGUGGCGCUCUUAACCGCUCUUUUCAGCCAUGCGCCUCAACAACUGUUACCUUCCUCCCUUCGAGCUCAAAUGCUCAAAACGGCCAUCCUAUGCCAAAGCAAAGAUGCACAGGUCGCAAGCGUGCUGCAUCCAGCACGAGACAAAAGCGGCAGAACACCACAAGUCAUAUUACCCUACCUCACCCAGCAAUUCCCUCAUGACGAGAGCGUGGAAAUAUUACGCUUCAACUUCCGACCUAUGGCAACCGGGUCUAGAAAUGACAUUAUGGACGUAGACGACGAUGAACCUACAGCAGAUGAACCAGAGGACCAACCCUCAAGCAACGGACCAUCAUUCGGCCAGCCAUCCGCUUCUGGGCUCACGAGUUUCUAUGAUUUCCCAGCCUCCAAGGCCACCGAAGCUCAUAGAAGUCCUUCCCCCGCACGAGCCGUCGAGACCAUAGCCAAAAUCCCUAACCCAUUCAUCCCCAAGCCAGCGUCAGAAACAGUCGUUAGGUCUGAAGAGGAACGCAUCACUACAACCCAACCGUCGCCGCCGACAAUACCCCUCAAGCGAAAGAACGAAGACGCAGAUAUCGCCGCAUCGAAACGAAUUGAAAUCGACAAAGCUCCAGCUAUCAGAGCCCCGGCACCCCCCGCGCCCACCCCCGCAGCAGACAAGGCAAUAGCCACAACCCCCUCCGAAGACGACUCGGACAGCGACGACGCGAGCGUGCACCUAAACAUGGACCUCGAUUCCGACGAUGAUGACGACGACGACGAGUAGGGAAUCUAGGGGUCCCACGAAUGGGAGUCCGAACCGAAUACUCGCGUACGCGCCGUCGCACUCGGUAAGCCGGCGAGCCCGCCGCCCUGUUCCGGAUAAAUAGAUCACACAUGGCCCUGCACCUGCUCGCGUGGGUAGAAGCGAAUGAUACAUACAUACGUACAUACCCAGCACGUAGUUAAUAGUUGGAGAAAGGGCGUUAAUUGACUUGCCUUGUCGUGCAGAUGCAAGGCACGUAGGUCGCUUCGGUGUAGAUAUAAAUUGCACAAGAACCGACCGCGUAAGCUGGUUUAUAUUAGACUCCGUGGGGGUUUUGGUCGAUACCUAUGUAUGUAAGGGGAAUUCGGACGU